UUAGCUGCGGCGAGUUUGAACCACUGCUCGUGCACAAAUACACGCGCUCGUGAGCAGGUGUGCGGCCACAGUGUACUUUAUUAUAAUAAUAAUAAUUAUUAUUAUUUUUUAAAAUCUUUGCAUUGUCGCCAUGCUGUGGACGGUUAGCACGGUCAUUAGGAAAUUUUCCACAUCCUCUGCUCGCUCCCAAAAUAAGCUGAGGCUCGCGCUGAUUGGUCAGAGCUUGUUUGGACAGGAAGUGUAUACCAGCCUCCGGAAACAGGGCCACAAAGUAGUGGGCGUGUUCACUGUCCCGGAUAAAGAUGGCAAGGCAGACCCGCUGGCUGUGGCAGCGGAAAAAGACGGCACACCAGUGUUUAAGUUCCCGCGCUGGCGUGUGAAGGGGAAACCAAUCUCGGAGGUAGUGGAUGCCUACAAGGCCGUGGGUGCUGAACUCAACGUCAUGCCCUUCUGCUCCCAGUUUAUCCCCAUGAAUGUAAUCGAACAUCCCAAACAUGGCUCCAUCAUCUACCACCCAUCUCUCCUUCCCAGACACAGAGGAGCUUCUGCCAUCAACUGGACUCUAAUCGAGGGGGAUAAAAAAGGCGGCUUCUCUAUAUUCUGGGCUGACGAUGGUUUGGACACUGGUCCCAUCCUGCUGCAGAAGGAAUGUCCAGUGGAACCCAAUGACACUGUGGACACACUGUACAACCGUUUCCUCUUCCCAGAGGGAAUCAAAGCUAUGGUGGAGGCAGUACAGCUGAUUGCAGAUGGCAAAGCUCCCAGAAUUCCACAGUCUGAGCAGGGAGCAAGCUACGAAGGCAUCCAGAAGAAAUCCAAUGCCAAGGUGGACAUGACUCAGCCUGCUAAUGUUAUUCACAACUGGAUUCGUGGCCAUGAUAAAGUUCCUGGAGCCUGGGCCGUCAUUGAUGGACAGCCAGUGACGCUGUACGGAUCAUCGAUGCUGAGUGGUCCAGUUCCUUCAGGUCAGUCCCUGGAUGUAGAGAAUGCCUCUCAGCCCGGACUCAUCACCAGCUCAGGCCUUGUGCUCUUCGGCUCUGAUGGGAAAUCGCUCCAGGUGAAAAGUUUGCAGUUUGAAGAUGGAAAGAUGAUUCCAGCUGCUAAGUACUUCUCAUCAGGAGAUACCAGCAGUGUCGAGCUCACAGAGGAGGAGAAGAAGAUGGCAGAGGACAUACGGGUGAUCUGGAAGGGUAUUCUGAGCAACGUGGCAGUAAUCGAGGACACAACUGACUUCUUUAAGUCUGGGGCUGCGUCGAUGGACGUGGUCAGACUGGUGGAGGAGGUCAAGCAGAAGUGUGGCGGUGUACAGCUGCAAAAUGAGGAUGUCUACAUGGCUACUUCCUUCCAGGAGUUUAUCCAGAUGUUUGUACGGCGUCUGAGAGGGGAAGACCAGGAGGAGGAGCUGGUCAUCGAUUAUGCAACAAAAGAUGUCAAUGACAUGACGCUGAAGAUGCCCUACCAGUGUUUCAUCAAUGGGCAGUUUGAGGAUGCAGAGAAUGGGAAGACUUACAACACUAUCAACCCCACCGAUGGCUCUGUGAUCUGUAAGGUGUCAUUUUCCUCCGUUGCUGAUGUAGACAGAGCAGUGGCGGCAGCUAAAGAGGCGUUUGAGACGGGUCCAUGGGGCAAGAUGAACCCUCGUGACCGCGGCAGGCUGCUCUACAAGCUGGCUGAUCUCAUGGAGGAGCAUCAGGAGGAGUUGGCCACUAUUGAGGCCAUUGACUCGGGUGCUGUGUACACACUUGCUCUAAAGACUCAUGUAGGCAUGUCCAUUCAAACCUUCAGAUACUUCGCUGGCUGGUGUGACAAGAUCCAUGGAACAACAAUACCCAUCAACCAGGCCCGACCCAACCGCAACCUGACCUUCACUAAGAAGGAACCUCUGGGGGUGUGUGCUAUUGUGAUUCCAUGGAAUUACCCUCUUAUGAUGCUGGCCUGGAAAAGUGCAGCUUGUUUGGCAGCUGGAAACACACUCGUCUUAAAACCUGCACAGGUGACUCCUCUGACAGCGCUGAAGUUUGCUGAGCUGGCCGUUAAAGCAGGCAUUCCUAAAGGCGUCAUCAAUAUCAUACCAGGAUCAGGUGGUAUGGUUGGACAGAGGUUGUCUGAUCACCCUGAUAUCCGUAAGCUGGGAUUCACUGGAUCCACCCCCAUUGGCAAACAAAUCAUGAAAAGCUGUGCAGUCAGUAAUUUGAAGAAGGUCUCCCUGGAGCUGGGUGGCAAAUCCCCUCUCAUUAUCUUUAGCGACUGUGACAUUGACAAGGCUGUGAGGAUGGGUAUGAGCUCUGUGUUCUUCAACAAGGGAGAGAACUGCAUCGCUGCAGGCAGACUGUUUGUUGAAGAGUCUAUUCAUGAUGAGUUCAUCCAACGAGUGGUUGAGGAGAUUAAAAAAAUGAAGAUCGGAGAUCCUCUGGAUCGCUCAACAGAUCACGGUCCACAGAACCACAAGGCCCACCUUGACAAGUUGCUGGAGUACUGUGAUAUCGGUGUGAAGGAGGGCGCCACUCUCGUAUACGGGGGGAAACAGGUGGACAGACCUGGAUUUUUCAUGGAGCCUACAGUAUUCACGGACGUAGAGGAUCACAUGUUCAUCGCUAAAGAGGAAUCGUUCGGCCCAGUCAUGGUGGUGUCUAAAUUUAAAGAUGGUGAUGUAGAUGGAGUAUUAAGCAGAGCGAACGACACAGAGUUCGGCCUGGCAUCUGGAGUCUUCACACGCGACAUCAACAAAGCCAUGUACGUGAGUGAGAGGCUGGAAGCUGGAACUGUUUUCGUCAACACUUACAACAAGACGGACGUGGCCGCGCCGUUUGGAGGUUUCAAGCAGUCCGGCUUUGGGAAGGAUCUUGGUGAAGAAGCCCUUCAUGAAUAUCUCCGAACCAAAGCAGUGACGGUGGAGUACUGAGAGAAAACAUUACCUGCUGAACUCUGUGCUGGAUCUCCAGGCAGUGGAUGGGAACGCAGGUGUCAUGCUUCAUCUGCUAUUUUGCUUGGAUUUUGGAUUGAUAAGGGCGUUUUUAAAAAAAGAAAAUAGGGGGGAAAAAGCUCUCUGUGCCACAGCUGUCAUUUUUGUGCCUACAAUUUCUAUCAGUUUGCUUCUGGAAAAUGCCAAGGCAGCUCAGUGUGCAACAAAUAGAUCCAAGGACAUGGUAGAAAUAGUAGCUUGGGAAAAACACGGAUCAGUGUGGCUUGUGAAGAUGCAGUUUAUCAACACGAUACUGCCAGUAUCCAGCUGAAUUAACAUCAGAAAGAGAACACACUUUAGCUUUUAUUUUAUUUUAUAAGCUUUUUUUUUCUUCCAAUCAAUCCAUGCACCAUAUCUGGUUUAUUGGAAGUCAAAGAUUUUGUCUUAAGAUAGCCGAAAUCUAUUUUAUGUCUCGAUCACAUUUUGAAAUGGAUUAUUUCUACCUCACCGAUGUAGGCUUUUAAUAAAUACGCCACCUCCAGAAAUCCUGUUUUGAAUGAAUAUACCUACAUGUAAAUAUUUUAUAGAGAAUGAAACAAAUGAGCUUUCUUUAUAUUUUUAACUUUGCAUUCCAGACAGGAAGAUCAUCAUCUUUUGAAUCUGUAAAUAUGAUGGUCGGAAAAAAUAUAAGGAUUCUGAGAAAACUAUGAAAGAAAACGAUGGCACUUUGUGAUGUUUUAUUGGGUCUCCCUCCCUUCAGGUUGAAAACAGAUUAAACCCUGUUCUUUACUACGAGACAUUUUCUAUGAACUGUUCUACCUUAACAGAGCGAUGUGAUCCAGAUCAAGGCUGGAAACCCUCCAGAAACCUUUCUAGUUAUUAAAAGCACACUCAGCAUUUUAAUCUGGAAACACUGUUCGUCUUAAAGGAAAAAAUCCACCCUGAACGAGUGCAUGAUCAGCUUUAUAAUGAUCUUCAGUGGAUUUACACUCACUGGCCACUUUAAUAGGAAUGUGUUGUUUCAUGUUCUUGGCUGGCAGGAGUGGAAACCAAUGUGGUCUUCUGCUGUUGCAUGCUGAGAUGCUUUUCUGCUUACCACGGUUGUAAAGAGUUGCUAUAUCCUUCCUGGCAGCUCGAACCAAUCUGUGCCGAGUUUCCCAAAAAAAUCGUAGCACAAAGAUCAUCGUUAAAUGGUAGAGUGAGCACCACAAUGAACACACUCUCUCCUAGUUAAGAUGCUCUUAGCAUUAAGAGGCUUUUAGGAAACCCACCACUGGCCAUUUUCCUCUGAUCUCUAUCAACGAGGCCUUUGUUUCCACCCACAGAACUGUCACUCACUCAAUGUUUUUUGUUUUUCGCACCAUUCUGUGAAAAUCCCAGGAGAUCAGCAGUUUCUGAAAUACUCAAACCAGUCCAUCUGGCACAAACACCCAUGCCACAGUGAAAGUCACACUUUGAGAUCACAAUUUUCUGUACACUCUGCUAAAACAGAUCGGCUUCCAAAGAUUCAACUCCAUCACACUGGACAUCGCACACUUCACCAAAUAGUUAAGCCGAGUCUCUGUCAUAACUCAGUGCAAUAGCUUUAUUUUGAUGUGUUGCAUUCUGGGAACUUUGAGUCCAAAGCUUGCACCAAUGUCUCCACUCCUUCCAUGUUGGAUUUCUCAAUAACAUGGUUUAGAACAUCGCUGGAAAAUGGUGAGGUGAGAAAAGAAUCUCUUGCUCUUUUGCUUUUUAGGGACUUACAGCAAAGUCUGAUUGUUAUUCCAGGCAUUUGAGAUGCACCAUUAUAACUGUGAAAGCAGUGUUUCCCUGUAACAUCAGCACAUAAGCUAACUUCUCCUAAAAAAGAAGAACAAAUGCAGCAUCAACCAAUAAAUUAGCAUCAGGAAUAUUUUACAUAAUAUAAACAUAUUUAUUAUGUUUCAGAGUGGUGUUUUCCUUUAAGGCACCAUUAAGAAAUAUUCUUAAUACUGCAUAAACUGCUUGGAUAUCAGUUAUCACACCAACAGAAUUUAUACCAGUAUUUAUUGGUUUUAUAUUGAUGUGUUACCUAAAAAUUAGUAGGCAACUUUUAAACUCAACACUAUCUUCAGUAUGAGCUGUGCAUUGUGUGAGGAAAGACAGUAUUUACAACUAUGUUGCCAAACAGCUACUGUACAGCAUCAGGAUGAAAUCCAUUUCUAUCAACAAUAAACUGAAAUAAAGAGA